AUGAGCGACGCUUCAGACACAACCACCCCUCCAUCUCUUCACUACUCGCCCUCCAUCAGUGACCUCGACCCUCCGUCCACGGGAGCAUCAACCCCCAUCCGCACACCUGUCGGAUUCGGCGUAACCUCUUUCGCCCGCAAGCCAUCGAGUCGUGGAAAAGAUUCCUUUUCGUGGACCCAGAAGCCAGCAGACCCGGGCAAUCAGACAGUAUACCUGGAUUCGGCCGUGAUCGACGACGACGCUCUGUCGACCUUUCCCCUCUUCCCCUCUUCACCAGCACAGUUUCACACAAUGAGCGGCCCCUUCGACCUGUCCGCUCGCCAAACCUCGGUUUCGCCGCCAGGCCAACAAGCUUCGAACCUGACCUCUGCCCUCCAGAAGGCAGCGAAUAAUGACCGACCUGGUAGCAUUUCUAAUCCCACUGCAUCCAACGCGAGCGCUGUCUACAAGGCAGCCGCCGCUCGAAAGGAUUCUUUGGGUGCAAGUAUGGCACAAUGGGGAAAUGGCACAAAACCAAUCUCCGUGAUGGGAUCGAAUCGUGAGAAACCACGUCGCGAGUCCCUAGCUGGCAGUCUCGUUGGGGGAAUGAGUUGGGGCGGUAUUUCCGUUGGUAGCUGGAUACGAGAUGAUAUUAUCAUGACUGGUACCUCUCCGUUUACGUCUUUCCAAUCGCCGUCGUUUCACUCCUCGUCAUAUUUGCCAAAACUAGAAGCCAAUUUCAUGCGUGAUUUCUCCUGCUGUGGAAUUACCCUCCCUACGCUGCAUGAUUUGUUACAGCAUUACGAAGAAGCUCACGCACAAAAGUCUCCUCAACAGGGACAACGCCCAAGUCAAGGCGAUAAUCGAGCUGCUAUGGCUACUGCUGCCGCUGCCGUCGCCCAAACCCAGAGCCAUGGACAAUCUGUACAAGCUAACCAAUCCAACAACGGGCAGCCCAAGUUCAAUCCGAAUCAAACCAUAGACACAAGCAACUUUACGUCACAGCAGAAUCUAGAUUUGGAUACAAUCGAUGACAUGGAAAUGGAUGAUGCAAUGGGCGACACUGAUUCGUCUCACUUGUUCUCAUCACAAAUUCCAACUACGCAAGGGGGAUUUGCCUCCCCAAAUCAACGAGUUCCACAGCUCAACCUCAGUAUGCUCCAGGGCCAAGGAUUACGAGGAUCUCAGCCAGGCACACCAGUCGCGCCGGCCCACACCGUUCUCCAGAACAAUCCGACCGUCUCUUCAGUCAAUACCCCAACCCUGUCGUCAAACCCUCUUCAAAAUGCCCAGUUCCGCAAUACUCCCGACUCCUCGGGACCAGGUACCCCAGCAGAAUUGGAUGAAAGUGUCCUUGGUGGCUUUAAUGAUCUUUCAAUGCAAGCUGGCCUAGCUGCCAACGGUCAAUUCCCAGGCUUCGGGUCCAAUGAUAUGGUCGAUCUCUGCAUUGACGAGCCUGCGAAACGAUUGUUUAGCCCCAAUGGUGGGUUUGGAAAUGGCGGCUCGCAAGUGCAUAUGAAACUGGGCAAUUCCCAGUACGGACCGAACAGCGACAUCGCGCGGCGCAUUCGGGAACAACAAAUGCUCGCCGGCGUUCCAGAUACCUCGUUGGGCAUGCUUCCAACUGACGAACCCAAACCGUUCAGGUGCCCAGUCAUUGGUUGCGAAAAGGCUUACAAAAAUCAGAAUGGUUUGAAAUAUCAUAAAGCGCAUGGUCACAAUAAUCAACAGCUGCACGAAAAUGGAGAUGGCACUUUUUCGAUUGUGAACCCCGAAACUGCUGCUCCAUAUCCUGGUACGAUGGGAAUGGAGAAAGAGAAGCCGUACCGAUGUGAAGUGUGUGGUAAACGGUACAAGAACCUGAAUGGCCUGAAAUACCACAAGUCACACUCUCCACCCUGCAAUCCUGACCUCCAACUGGCUGGUCGCAAUUUGAACCUCGGUGGUGUCAUGCAAGGUCAAAAUAUCAAUGUCGCCGGCGCCGGGCUACCUGGAAUCGGUGAGGAAGGCUUGCUUUAA